CCACAGUCACACACAUAUAUAAACAAAAAACUUCCCCUCGACUUUCCCUUGUACAUCAUGGUGUUGGCUGUUGACUUAUUGAACCCUUCGCCCGAGUCUGAGCUUAAGAAGCACAAGCUCAAGCAGCUCGUCCAGAGCCCUCGCAGCUACUUUAUGGACGUCAAGUGCUCUGGCUGUUUCAACAUCACCACAGUCUUCUCCCAUGCCCAGACCGUUGUCAUCUGCGGUUCCUGUGCCACGGUUCUCUGCCAACCCACUGGUGGUAAGGCCCGUUUGAUGGAGGGCUGCUCUUUCCGUAGAAAAAACUAGACGGCUAGAGCAGAAUUGCCGCUAGCAUGUAGUUCGGCGCAGCUGCCGCUGUGCAACAUGUUUGGCUUUCCGUCAAAACCGUUAUCAUAUGUUUCGCUUGGAAUUUCGCUGGCGUGUUUGCUAUGCUUCGUUCUUUGGGUUUGAACAUCUUGCGUCGCUAGCUUCCUGUUUCGUGCAUUCGUAGUCGAGGAAACACUCGCUCGCACUUAAUCCAUCCUGGUUUAUUCGGA